AGCAGGAGAAUCGCAUGAACCUGGGAGGCGGCAGUUGCAGUGAGUCGAGAUCCUGCCACUGCAGUCCAGUCUGGGCGACAGAGUGAGACUCUGACUCAAAAAAGAAAAACACUCUUUAUACUCACUCAUUUAAUUGCCGUUUCUGGUGUUCCUCAUUUCUUUGUGUAGAUUCAGUUUUCCAUUGGGUAUGACCUUCCUUCUGCUUGAGGGACAGCUUAGACACUCCUGCAGGUGAUUCUUUCGCUCUGCUCGAUCUAAAAACAGCUUUAUUAUUUCCCAACCUCUGUCUCCUCUCCUUUGGGGACUCCAAUUAUACCCAUGUUUCACCACCUGAAGGUGAACCACAGUUCACUGAUGCUCUUUCCAUUUUUCUAGUCAUUUUUCUCCGUUUCAUUUGGACAGUUUGUAUUGCUAUGUUUUCAAGUUCACUGAUCCUUUUUUUGAGACGGAGUCUUGCUCUGUCACCCAGGCUGGAGUGCAGUGGUGUGAUCUGGGCUCACUGCAACCUUCGCCUCUUGGGUUCAAGUGAUUCUGCUGUCUCAGCCUCCUGAGUAGCUGGGACUACAGGAACACGCCACCACACCCAGCUAAGUUUUCUAUUUUUAGUAGAGAUGGGGUUUCACCAUGUUGGCCAGGCUGGUCUUGAACUCCUGACCUCAGGUGAUCCACCUGCCUUGGUCUCCCAAAGUGCUGGGAUUAUAGGUGUGAGCCACGGCGCCCAGCCACACUGAUCCUUUCUUUUGCAGUCUUCCACUAAUCCCAUCUCGUGUAUUAUUUCUCUGACACUACUUUUCAUCCCCAGAAGUACGAUUUGAGGCUUUUUUCCCCGUCUUUACUUAACAUACUGUCUUUCCUUUCCUCCAGCAUCUUGAACAUAUGGAACAUGGUCACAGCAUAAGCAUGUGUGUGCUCUCCUCUACUUGCCCUGUCACCUUUGUCAUUUCCAGGUCAGUUACUACAACCUCCACCUCCUGGAUUCAAGUGAUUCUCCUGCCUCAGCCUUCUGAGUAACUGGAGCUACAGGUUGCCUGCCACCACGCCUGGCUAGUUUUUAUAUUUUUAGUAGAGAUGGGGUUUCACCAUGUUGUCCAGGCUGGUUGUGAACUUCUGGUCUGAAGUGAUUCGCCCUCCUCGGCCUCCCAGAGUGCUGGGAUUACAGGCGUGAGCCACUGUGCCCAGCCCCAGGUCAAUUUUGAUUGAUUUUUCCCAUCUCUCCAUAUGGGUCAUAAUGUCCUGCCUCUUUUCAUGCCUGUUUUUUUGUUUUUUGUUUUUCCCGGAUAUUCAAUAUUUUGUAUUCUACCUUGUUUGGUGCUGGAUAUUUUUGUAAACCUAUACAUAUCUUUGCAUUUGUUUCUCGGAUGUGAUUAAGUUACUUGGAAACUGUGUGGUCCUUUUUUUUCAGGCAGGGUCUCACUGUUCCGUACGGGCUGGAGUGUAGUGGUGUGAUCUUGGCUCUCUGCAGUCUCGGCCCCCUGGGCUCAAGUGAUUCUCUCACCUCAGCCUCCCCAAUAGCUGGGGCCACAGGCACGCAUCACCACAUUGGCGACUUUUUGGAUUUUUGUAGAGAUGGGGUUUCACCGUGUUGCUCAGGCUAGUCUCCACCUCCUGGGCUCAACUGGUCUGCCUGCCUUGGCUUCCCAAAGUUCUGGGAUUACAGCUGAGAGUGUGUAAGUCACUGUUACUUCAUCUCCAUUCUCUGCCAAGCCUCCUCCACCCGCCUGUCCUUGUCAGUCCCUAUACCUGCUGUUCCUGAGAUGCCGCCUGUGUGAGGCCUGCCCGGCUCUCCCCCAGUCUCGCCUCUCCUGCCCCGGGGCAGGUGCUGUCGCCGGCAAGCGAGGAUCCGUGCUAGCGAACCUGCGCGCGUGGGGCUCACCGGGGCUGGCAGGUGAGAGGCUGGGAGGCCUCAGGUGGGAACAUACCUUUGGCCAAAGGCACCAGGUAACCCGAACGCCCCGGGGAGGACCCCUGCCUGCAUCGCCGCGGCCGUCCCCCCCUACCCCGUCCCCAGCAGCUCCGGCUGGGCGAGGCCCUGCUUCUCCCUUCUGCUCCCGAAGACCCCCCGGGGCGCAGACCUGGAAGCCUCGAAGCUCCCGCGGCCGUCCAGUCCGCCCCCUUCUGAGCAACCAGAGAGCGGUCUGGGCCCGGCCCGAGGCUGCGCAGAGGUCAGACUGCCGCGGGCAGGGCCGGAGCCUGCUCUGGGGGUCGCGGAGGUGCCUAGAGAGUUGAGGACCCGACCCGGGCGCGCGCGGGCGCAGGUCCGGACAGGCCGAGAUGACGCCGAGCCCCCUGUUGCUGCUCCUGCUGCCGCCGCUGCUGCUGGGGGCCUUCCCGCCGGCCGCCGCCGCCCGAGGCCCCCCAAAGAUGGCGGACAAGGUGGUCCCACGGCAGGUGGCCCGGCUGGGCCGCACUGUGCGGCUGCAGUGCCCGGUGGAGGGGGACCCGCCGCCGCUGACCAUGUGGACCAAGGAUGGCCGCACCAUCCACAGCGGCUGGAGCCGCUUCCGCGUGCUGCCGCAGGGGCUGAAGGUGAAGCAGGUGGAGCGGGAGGAUGCCGGCGUGUACGUGUGCAAGGCCACCAACGGCUUCGGCAGCCUGAGCGUCAACUACACCCUCGUCGUGCUGGAUGACAUUAGCCCAGGGAAGGAGAGCCUGGGGCCCGACAGCUCCUCUGGGGGUCAAGAGGACCCCGCCGGCCAGCAGUGGGCACGACCGCGCUUCACACAGCCCUCCAAGAUGAGGCGCCGGGUGAUCGCACGGCCCGUGGGUAGCUCCGUGCGGCUCAAGUGCGUGGCCAGCGGGCACCCUCGGCCCGACAUCACGUGGAUGAAGGACGACCAGGCCUUGACGCGCCCAGAGGCCGCUGAGCCCAGGAAGAAGAAGUGGACGCUGAGCCUGAAGAACCUGCGGCCGGAGGACAGCGGCAAAUACACCUGCCGCGUGUCGAACCGCGCGGGCGCCAUCAACGCCACCUAUAAGGUGGAUGUGAUCCAGCGGACCCGCUCCAAGCCCGUGCUCACAGGCACGCACCCCGUGAACACGACGGUGGACUUCGGGGGGACCACGUCCUUCCAGUGCAAGGUGCGCAGCGACGUGAAGCCGGUGAUCCAGUGGCUGAAGCGCGUGGAGUACGGCGCCGAGGGCCGCCACAACUCCACCAUCGAUGUGGGCGGCCAGAAGUUCGUGGUGCUGCCCACGGGUGACGUGUGGUCGCGGCCCGACGGCUCCUACCUCAAUAAGCUGCUCAUCACCCGUGCCCGCCAGGACGAUGCGGGCAUGUACAUCUGCCUCGGCGCCAACACCAUGGGCUACAGCUUCCGCAGCGCCUUCCUCACCGUGCUGCCAGACCCAAAACCGCCAGGGCCACCUGUGGCCUCCUCGUCCUCGGCCACUAGCCUGCCGUGGCCCGUGGUCAUCGGCAUCCCAGCUGGCGCUGUCUUCAUCCUGGGCACCCUGCUCCUGUGGCUUUGCCAGGCCCAGAAGAAGCCGUGCACCCCCGCGCCUGCCCCUCCCCUGCCUGGGCACCGCCCGCCAGGGACGGCCCGCGACCGCAGCGGAGACAAGGACCUUCCCUCGUUGGCCGCCCUCAGCGCUGGCCCUGGUGUGGGGCUGUGUGAGGAGCAUGGGUCUCCGGCAGCCCCCCAGCACUUACUGGGCCCAGGCCCAGUUGCUGGCCCUAAGUUGUACCCCAAACUCUACACAGACAUCCACACACACACACACACACACUCUCACACACACUCACACGUGGAGGGCAAGGUCCACCAGCACAUCCACUAUCAGUGCUAGACGCCACCGUAUCUGCAGUGGGCACGGGGGGGCCGGCCAGACAGGCAGACUGGGAGGAUGGAGGAUGGAGCUGCAGAUGAAGGCAGGGGACCCAUGGCGAGGAGGAAUGGCCAGCACCCCAGGCAGUCUGUGUGUGAGGCAUAGCCCCUGGACACACACACACAGACACACACACUGCCUGGAUGCAUGUAUGCACACACAUGCGCACACACAUGCUCCCUGAAGGCACAUGUACGCACACACGCACAUGCACAGAUAUGCCGCCUGGGCACACAGAUAAGCUGCCCAAACGCACGCACACGCACAGAGACAUGCCAGUACAAGGACAUGCUGCCUGAACAUACACACACGCACACCCAUGUGCAGAUGUGCUGCCUGGACACACACACACACGGAUAUGCUAUCUGGACACACGCACACACGUGCAGAUAUGGUAUCCGGACACACACGUGCACAGAUAUGCUGCCUGGACACACACACAGAUAAUGCUGCCUUGACACAAACAUGCACGGAUAUUGCCUGGACACACACACACACGUGCACAGAUAUGCUGUCUGGACAUGCACACACAUGCAGAUAUGCUCCCUGGACACACACUUCCAGACACACGUGCACAGGCGCAGAUAUGCUGCCUGGACACACACGCAGAUAUGCUGUCUAGUCACACACACACGCAGACAUGCUGUCCGGACACACACACGCAUGCACAGAUAUGCUGUCUGGACACACUCACGCACACAGAUAUGCUGCCUGGACACACACACAGAUAAUGCUGCCUCGACACACACACAUGUGCAGAUAUUGCUUGGACACACACACGUGCACAGAUAUGCUGUCUGGACAUGCACACACGUGCAGAUAUGCUGUCCGGAUACACACGCACACACACAUGCAGAUAUGCUGCCUGGGCACACACUUCCGGACACACAUGCACACACAGGUGCAGCUAUGCUGCCUGGACACACGCAGACUGACAUGCUUUUGGGAGGGUGUGCCGUGAGGCCUGCAGUACGUGUGCCGUGAGGCUCAUAGUUGAUGAGGGACUCUCCCUGCUCCACCGUCACUCCCCCAACUCUGCCCGCCUCUGUCCCCGCCUCAGUCCCCGCCUCUGUCCCCUGGCCUUGGCGGCUAUUUUUGCCACCUGCCUUGGGUGCCCAGGAGUCCCCUACUGCUGUGGGCUGGGGCUGGGGGCACAGCAGCCCCAAGCCUGAGAGGCUGGAGCCCAUGGCUAGUGGCUCACCCCCACUGCAUUCUCCCCCUGACACAGAGAAGGGGCCUUGGUAUUUAUAUUUAAGAAAUGAAGAUAAUAUUAAUAAUGAUGGAAGGAAGACUGGGUUGCAGGGACUGUGGUCUCUCCUGGGGCCCGGGACCCGCCUGGUCUUUCAGCCAUGCUGAUGACCACACCCCGUCCAGGCCAGACACCACCCCCCACCCCACUGUCGUGGUGGCCCCAGAUCUCUGUAAUUUUAUGUAGAGUUUGAGCUGAAGCCCCGUAUAUUUAAUUUAUUUUGUUAAACAUGAAAGUGCAUCCUUUCCCUCCA